AUGGAGAACACAACCGAGCCAAGCGUCAGGCCUUUUGGAGGGACCCGCCAGAGGACGGUCGGAGGUGGGGGCGGCGGGGAGAGGCCGCGUCCCCCACGUCCCCCAUCCGUCACCACUGGGCAAGCCAAGCUGGGGCAGACGCUCCGCCUGCGGGUCCCCACCCGGCCCGCGGUCCAGAUCUCCAGGCCUUUCCCAUUUGAUUCUGCUCCGCCCUGCUGCAGAGGAGCAGCUCGCAGGUGGGAGUUUGCCCUCGCCUGCGCCGCGUCACUCCGCCGGGAGGGGAGGGAGAAGCGCAGGCGGCGGAGGCUGGGUCAGAGGGGUCCUCUGCUCGCGGAGACGCCGCGGGGAGCGACCGCCCCGCCUCCCCGCCCCCGCUUCUCUCGGGCCCCGCGCCCCUACUCCCUGCCCGACACUGAAGAGGCUCCUGGAUUUUUUUGCGAUCCCCCUGCAAGCUGGCAGUUACCCGGGAGCCUUCCCCAGGAGCUGGGAGAUAGACACUGUUCUGCGCGGAAGAUGGGCGCAGGAAGUCAGCAGCCGGGGGCUCCCGUCGGGAAGAGUCUCCCGUUCCCCGGGAGGAGAGAGUCGCCCUGCUGGUGGCUGGGCGGCGGCGGCGGCUGCUGGGCGCUGCGCUCCCUGCUCGGGCUCUUCCUGCACCUGUGGCUGUCGGCGGCCUCGGGCUCUUCAGCCCAGUUGUUCAACCUCAGCCUUUCCGUGGACGAGGGGCUUCCCCCGGACACGCUGGUGGGCGACAUCCGCGCCGGGCUGCCGGCCGCGCAGCAGCUGGAGGGGAGCGGUUUCUUUCUGUCCGAGGAUUCGGAUGACUCCCCGCUGCUGGACGACUUCCACGUGCAUCCGGACACCGGGAUCAUCCGCACAGCCCGGUGCCUGGACCGCGAGCGGUGGGACCACUACAGCUUCGUGGCCGCCACGCUGCUGGGUGCAGUAGUGCAGGUGGACAUCCGCGUCAACGACGUGAAUGACCACUCGCCCCGCUUUCCCCGAGACUCCCUGCAACUAGACGUUUCUGAGCUCACCCCUCCAGGUACCGCCUUCCGCUUACCAGGUGCCCAAGACCCCGAUGCCGGGCUGUUCAGCACGCAGGGCUACACCCUGGUGCAACCCGCCAACCUGCUGCAGUACCCCGAAGGACCGUUCUUCCAGCUGCGCUACGUGACUCCCGGGCUACCACCGUCGCCGCUUUUGCCGGGCUCCCCCUCUGUCCUGGACACUCUGGACCUGGUGCUGCUGCGGCGCUUGGACCGGGAGGCGGCAGCGGCGCACGAGCUGCAGAUCGAGGCGUGGGACGGCGGCCGCCCGCCGCGCACCGGCCGCCUGCGCGUGGAGCUGCGAGUUCUGGACGAGAACGACAACCCGCCCGUCUUUGAACUGGGUGAGUACCGCGCAGCUGUGCGCGAGGACGCCGCGCCGGGCGCGGAGGUCUGUCGCGUGCGGGCCACUGACCGCGAUCUGGGGCCCAACGGCCACGUGCGCUACAGAAUCCGCACGCGGCAAAUGUCGGGAGCGAGCGGCGGCGGCGGGUCUCUGGGCGACGCGGCCUACUUCGCCGUAGAGGAGCAGAGCGGUGUAGUGCGCGUGCUGAGGCCUCUGGACCGCGAAGCGCAGGCCUGGCACCAACUUGUGGUCGAGGCCCGCGACGGAGGCACGGAGCCUGAGGUCGCUACCGUGCGCCUGGCCAUUGCAGUGCUGGACGUAAAUGACAAUCCUCCGUCCAUUCAUCUGCUUUUCCUGACUGAGGGAGGCGCUGCCAGUGUCUCCGAGGGCGCCCGGCCAGGCGACUACGUGGCUCGCGUCUCAGUGUCUGACGCGGACUGUGAACCCGAGAAGUUAGAGGAGGCCGCCGGGCAGCUUGGUGUGGGCCUUGGAGAUGGAAGCAUAUCACUGUCGUUGGAAGGCGGCGAGGGAGCCUUUGCACUACGUCCGGGUGGUCCCCCAGGAGUGUUUUUCCUUUGCGUCGAGGGGCCGCUGGACAGGGAGAGCCGCGAUCUGUAUGAAUUGCGUCUAGUGGCCACUGAUGCAGGAUCCCCACCGCUGAACAGUGAGGAGACCCUGCUGCUCCGGGUGGCCGACCUCAACGACCAACCGCCUCUCUUCAGCCAGGAGCAGUACCGGGCCUCGGUGUCUGAGGCCGCAGCCCCGGGCACCGCGGUCGUGUGGGUCAGCGCCACUGACGCCGACGAGGCUGGUACUGAGCACGCCACCCUGCGCUACAUGCUAAUUCAGCUCUCGCCUCCCUGCAACUCAGAGGCUCUGUCCACGGCAGAGUGUGGACCGUCUUUCACCAUCGACCCCAAAAGCGCUGUGAUCAGCACCAUACGGACUCUAGACCGAGAGGUCCAGGAGGUGGUGGAGCUAAGGGUGGUGGCCCAGGACCUCGGGGAGCCUCCCCUCUCUGCCACCUGCUUGGUGAGCAUCACUGUAGAUGACGUGAAUGACAACGAGCCCGUCUUCCAGAGGCAGGUGUACAACGCCACCCUUGCAGAGCAUGCCCCAGUUGGACACUGCUUUUUGCAGGUAAAAGCCUCUGAUGCAGAUGCAGGCCUGUAUGGCUUUGUUGAGUAUACGAUGUAUGAUGGAUUCCAAAGCUAUGAAGCACCACAAGCAUUCCGGAUCGACCCUCGUGAUGGGCACAUCUGUGUUUCUAAAGAUAUUGACCGGGAAAGGGAUCCUGCCAUUUAUGAUCUCCUGGUGAAAGCUAAGGAUGGGGGUGGGCUAAGUGCCCAAGCAUUUGUUCGCGUGGAACUGGAGGACGUGAAUGAUAAUCAUCCCAUGUUUAACCCGUCAACCUACGUGACAAGCAUCAGCGCUCAGACCCAGCCGGGCACCGAGAUCAUCAAUGUUCUCGCCACAGACCAGGAUUCUGGGGUAUAUGGAACAGUGGCUUAUGAACUCCUUCCGGGAGAACUGUCGUCUCUUUUUACCAUUGACUCAACUACAGGAAUUAUUUACUUAACAUCAACUCUUAGUCAUUUGGAAUCAACUACACUUUUACUGAUGGUCUGUGCUCGAGACGGUGGUGGGCUCACAGCUGUCGUUAGUGCUGAUGUCACUAUACACAUUAUCCAGACAAUUCUGGCGCCUGCUGAAUUUGAAAGACCUAAGUACACAUUCUCCAUUUAUGAAGAUGUGCCUGAAGACAGUCCUGUUGGGACAGUGAAAGCAAGUGAGCCCUUAAAUUCCUCAGAACCAAUCUUUUACAGAAUUUCUUCUGGGGAUCUGGACGGAAAGUUCUCCAUUCACCCGUGGCUGGGCACCAUUCGCACCCAGAAACCUCUAGAUCAUGAAACGCAGCCGGUGGUUGUGCUCACAGUCCAAGCGCAGCUGGGCAGCUCCCCGGCCUGCAGCAGCACGGAAGUCAACAUAACUGUAAUCGAUGUCAAUGACAACCACCCGGUGUUCCUCACGGCUUCAGAAGAGAUUAAAAUCUCGCAGACCACAGCACCUGGCACAGCCUUGUACCUGGCGCACGCGGAAGACAGAGACAGCGGGCUGAAUGGAUUCGUCCAAUAUGCCAUCGCAAGCCAGGGUCCCAGCAUCUUUGCCGUGGACGCAGGUCUUGGCGUCCUGUACCUCAAUCGGAGCCUGGGAGGCCACGGGCCGUGGAAGCACGUGCUAAGUCUGGUGGCCCAGGAUCUGGGCGUUCCUCCCCGGGCGACGCUGCUGGUCCUGACUGUAGUAAUUGAAAAACCGGAACAAGUCCCCUCCUUGACCUUUGAACAUUUAGUCUACCAAGCGGAAGUUAGUGAGUCUCUGUCACUGAUGACGCACGUACUGCAAGUCCAGGCCCUCCCGCUUGGUGUGCAGCGCGCAGCCGCUUCACGACCCGUGUACUCGCUGGAACCCUGCAGGGACUCUGCAGUGUUCGCAAUCCGGCCUUACACAGGCUGGAUUUAUUUGCAGCGACAGCUCGACUAUGAAUCCACACAAACAUAUAAUUUUAGAGUGUUUGCUUGGAUCCCGGAGGACAGAUUGCUGCAAAAUGUGAGCACUUCAGUAAUUGUUCAUGUCCUGGAUGAGAAUGACAAUUCCCCUACCUUCUUGCAUGAUGUGUUGUUUUUGAAAGUCGAAGAGAGCCCCGCUCCCCAGGGGGUGAUAGGCAAAAUUACAGCUAUUGACGCAGACUCUGGAAAGAACGGACAGUUAUUAUAUUUCCUUUUGUCUGAUGGAAAAUUCUUCAAGAUGAAUCCUAAUACAGGUGAGCUGGUCAGUUGGGUGGCACUGGAUCGUGAACAUCAGAUGCACUAUGAGGUGACUGUGCUGGUGACAGACCGUGGCUCGCCAUCGCGAAAUGCUACCAUGACAGUUUAUGUCUCAGUUACUGACAUCAAUGAUAACAGACCGUUCUUCCCGCAGUAUCUCCAUGGAAAGGAAUUGCACAUCAAGGUUCUGGAAGGUCAACCAGUAAAUAUGUUGGUUACAACCGUGUUUGCAAAGGAUCUUGAUGAAGGCAACAAUGCAGAAGUUAUAUAUUCAGUGUCUUCAGAAGAUGGUUCUGAUCACUUUAAGAUUGAUGCCAACAGUGGUGAAAUAAGAACAACCACAAUACUCUCCUGUGAUUAUAGACCUUCGUACAGGAUGACGGUCAUUGCCAGUGACCAGGGGGCGCCUCCUCUACAAGGACAUGCUGUUAUUCAUAUUCAGGUGAUUCCACUGUUCAAAGGGAAAGCAAUCAUCUCUCAGAAUAUCAGACAUUUAGUUAUACCAGAAAACUUGAAGCCUGCAAAAAUAAUGAGCUUGAUAAAGUCACCUGAUCACCGACAACAGCAUUAUAACGGACAGUUCCAGUUCAGUAUCGUUGCAGAUGACAAGGACGGUUUCUUUGAAAUUGACAGCUUCACAGGAGAUUUGUUUCUUUCCAAGGAACUUGAUUAUGAAACAACAUCUCAUUACCUUUUCAGGGUGAUUACUAUAGACCAUAGCAAAAAUCCUCCCCUGAAUAGCACAGUGUUCCUUAGUAUUGAUGUGGAAGAUCAGAACGACCAUUCCCCAUCCUUCCAGCAUGAGUUGAUUGUGAUAAGCGUAGAAGAGAAUGCUCCUAUAGGAACUCUGGUGUAUGUCUUUAAUGCCAAAGAUGGUGAUGGCAGUUUUUUAAACAGUCGAAUACAAUACUUCAUUGAAUCCCACCACUCUGGCAUGAAUCCAUUUCUCAUCCACCCCUCAUUUGGCACAUUAGUCACUGCAUCCCCCCUUGACCGGGAGAGCAUGCCAGCAGUCCUCCUCACAGUAACUGCAUCUGAUCAGGCUGUGAAUGUGACGGACCGGCGACUGAGAUCGCUGAUGGCAAAAGUAGUGAUUUUGGAUGUCAAUGACCACAGCCCCACUUUUAAGUCCUUCCCCAUUGCCCAUGUCAAAGAAGAUGCCAUGGUGGGCUCCUUGGUGCACCAUAUAACUGCUCAGGAUCCAGAUGAAGGAAGGAAUGGAAAAGUAACAUACAGCAUCCUCUCAGGAAAUGAAGACAUGGCCUUUGUGCUAGACGAGUCAUCAGGCUUACUGACUACAGCUUGUCCUUUGGAUUAUGAAAUAAAAACUCAGCACGUUCUGAUGCUUCUGGCGCUGGAUGGUGGCGUACCAGCACUUUCUGCGUCCCAGACUCUGACAAUCACUGUGCUCGACGUCAAUGACGAGGUGCCCGUAUUUAGGCAGCACCUGUAUGAAGUUUCAGUUAAAGAAAACCGAAAUCCAGGGGAGUUUGUCACAAGGGUUGAAGCUGUAGACAGAGAUUCAGGAAUCAAUUCCAGGCUUCAUUUUGAAAUCCUGCCAGGUCCUUCACUUGGAUUGUUCGAGAUAAAUUCCGAAACUGGAGAAGUAGUGACAAACACCACGCUUGACAGAGAAGUUCAAGAAAUCUUCACCCUUAGGGUGCUCGUACGAGAUGGGGGAGUCCCUUCACUGUCCAGUACCACAACAAUUCUCUGCAUUGUAGAAGAUGAAAACGAUCAUGCGCCAGAGUUCAUUGUCCCCAGUCAUGACAUUGAGAUUCUGGAAAACCAAGAGCCAGAGGUUGUCUAUGCUGUCUUGGCCUCUGAUAUGGAUGCCGGCAAUAACAAAGCCAUCAAAUAUUAUAUAACUGAUGGAAAUACUGACGAAUACUUUGCUAUAAAUGAAACAUCUGGAGAACUCUCAACCACUCGUGCUUUGGACCGGGAGCGAGUCAACAAUUUUACCCUUGUCAUCCUGUGCUCUGAUCUUGGGGACCCACCUAAGAGCUCUGUAACACAGUUGCAAGUAAGGGUUUUGGAUGACAAUGACCACAGCCCUGCCUUUCCUACGCUUUAUUACCAGUCCUCUGUGAGAGAAGAUGCUGAAGUGGGGACAGUGGUCCUUAAACUCUCUGCUGUGGACAAGGAUGAAGGCCCGAAUGGGCAAAUUGAGUAUUUUCUGAUGGAUGAGGCUUCUGGCGCAUUCACCAUUGAUCCCGUGGAAGGCACGUUAAGAACCAGCCACACCCUCGACCGAGAAGCCAGAUCACUACAUACGUUUAAGGCUGUGGCCAGAGACUGUAGCACUCGAGGCUCAAGGAGCACCACAGUAAUUAUAAAAGUACAUGUCAGUGAUGUUAAUGACAAUAAUCCGGUUUGGGAACAGAACCCCUUUGAUGUUUUUCUUUCCUCCCAGUCACCUACAAACCAGAUAGCCGCCAUGUUGAAAGCAGACGACCCAGACUUGGGGCCCAAUGGAACUGUCAUUUUUAGUUUUGCAGAGACCCAGUCACUAUUUUCUAUUGAUAAAUAUACAGGAGAAAUUCAACUUCAGCAAAAUCCAUCUUCAGAAUAUUUUCCUAUGUGGCUACAGUUGAAAGUUACAGACCAAGGGGUCCCAGCCAGAACAACCACUGGUCUCCUGGUCCUUCACAUGGAAGGAGAAGAUGUAAAGAUUUCCUUCAGCCACCAGCUGUAUAAAGGGCUUGUGGCCGAAAAUUGCAAUGCAGGCACUUCUAUUGUGACCAUAAAAGCGUUUGCUUCUGAUUCAAUUCAGGACAGCAUUAAAUAUUCAAUUUUUAAUGGAAAUGAAGAUGGUGUUUUUUCUCUAUGCUCCAACUCAGGGCAACUCACUGUGAAAGAACCUAAGUUUCUCGACUUUGAAGUCCGAAAUGAGGUACGACUCACAGUUUUAGCUGAAAGUGGCAGGCACAGAGCCUACAGCAAAGUUGCAGUCUUGAUUGAGGAUGUGAACGAUAAUCAACCGCACUUUGAGCCAAGUGUUUACCAAGCAUCAGUGUCUGAGGGUCAGUUCUACAAGGCUCAUGUCUUACAGGUUUUUGCUACUGACCUGGAUAGUGGGCUGAACGGCCUAAUUGAGUAUUCUAUUAUUUCUGGCAAUCAAGAAGAGGCAUUCCAGAUCGACGCCCUGAGUGGUGUGAUAACAGCAAAUGCGAUUCUGGAUUAUGAGUUCACCAGCUCCUACAGCCUGAUUGUGCAAGCCACAGAUAAAGGGACGCCCAGGCUGUCUGACACAACCGUAAUCAAAAUACAGGUGACUGAUAUAAAUGACAAUGCCCCAGCUUUUCUCUCUUCUGAAGCAGUGGAAAUUGCAGAAAAUUUUUUGCCUGGUGUAAUCGUGACUCAGGUGUCAGUUCAUGAUAUGGAUUUGAAUCCAGCUUUCAUCUUCAGUUUCACCCCAGUGGGAAAUCCUGGAACCAAAUUCACUAUUGAUCGGAACACUGGGGUAGUGAUGUUGGUGGAAACAUUGGAUUUUGAAGAAGUUGCUGAAUAUGAGCUGCAAAUCCGAGUUUCUGAUUCAGUGCACCACACCGUGGGGGCACUCUUAGUGUGUGUGCUGGAUGUUAAUGAUAACCCACCAGUCUUUUCUCAAGAUGUCUAUCAGGUCACAGUUCCUGAAUCAGUACCUGUGGGGUAUUCAGUGCUGACUGUGUCAGCCACAGACGUAGAAAACAGUGAGAACAUUUCCUACAGAAUCCAAUCCUCUUCUAAGGCAUUCUCCAUCGAUCCUAUGAAUGGUACAAUAUUUACUAUCACUCCAGUACUGGAUAAAAUAUCAACAAUUCAAUUGCUAGUCGAAGCCAGUGAUGGUGGACUUCCUGACCUAAAGGCUCUUACCUUGGUGGAGAUAGAAAUACAAGACGUGAACGAUCAUGCCCCUGAGUUUACAGUAGAAUUCUACAAUCUCAGCCUGAGGGAAGAUACUCCAAUUGGAAACACACUUGUCACAUUUUCAACCAUCGACCAUGACUGGACCCGUGAAAACACAUAUGUGGAAUAUUCCAUCGUCAGUGGUAAUUCACAGAACUAUUUCCAUGUGGAAACUCAUUUCAUUCAUUCAGUACAUCCUUAUAAGCAAGUCGGUUAUCUUGUGCUGCUUCACAGUCUGGACAGAGAAGCAACUGCCCGCCAUAAGCUUGUCAUUCUGGCGUCUGACCAUGGCUACUCUCCCCUGAGUUCCACAACCAUCAUCUCAAUAGAAGUGCUUGAUGUCAAUGAUAAUUCACCUAAAUUCAGCAGUCUGGACUAUUACGCCCACGUCAAGGAAAGCACUCCUCUGGGGAGUCACAUCACGGUGGUCUCAGCAGAGGACCAUGACGUGGGUUCACAUGCAGAAAUCUUCUACCACAUAACCUCUGGAGAUGAGAAGGGACAUUUUUACUUAGAAGAAAAGACUGGAGUUCUUUAUUUGAGUAAACUUCUGGAUUAUGAAGAAAUAAUAAAAUUCACUUUAACUGUCCAAGCUUCAGAUAAAGAAAAGAAACACUUUUCCUUUGCAGUUGUGUUUGUCAAUGUUCUAGAUGAUAAUGACCAUGUACCUCAGUUUUUGUUCUCAAGCUUCAACUGUGUUGCUCCAGAAAAUCUGCCUGUUUUCUCCACCGUAUGUUCUGUAAAUGCUUUGGAUUUUGAUGCAGGUCCUUAUGGAGAACUGACCUAUUCUAUUCUGUCGCCUUGUUUCAUCCCUCAUGAAAUGUCUUCUGAUCAUGAUCUGUUCUUCAUUGACCCUUUGACAGGGGACAUUCAUGCUAAGCAAAUCCUUGACUAUGAAAAUGGCGAUAAAUACUGCCUCACAGUUCAGGCCAAAGACAGAGGUGGCUCAACUGCCUCCUUAAUGGUUUGGGUGGAUAUUGAAGGGAUAGAUGAAUUUGAACCCAUUUUCACUCAAGAACAGUAUUUUUUCACCCUCUCAGAAAAGAAUAAAGUAAAACAGUUGAUUGGCAGAGUGGAAGCCUCAGAUGCAGAUGCUGGUAUUGAUGGAAUCAUUCUUUACUCCCUUGGAACUUCAUCUCCAUUCUUUUUAGUAAAUAAAACUAAUGGAAAUAUUUAUUUGAUUAGAGCCCUUCCCCCAAUAAAAAGUCAAAUCAGCAAAGAAGACACCAUGGAAAUGAAAAUAAUCGCGCAUAGCCCCAAACCAGGCUCCAAGUUUGCAUCUUGCAAGGUUUUUGUGAACGUGUCUCUCUCCUCUGAAGGAAUGUACGCAGCAGGAACCACAAACAGCUUUUCUGUGAGCCUUACAAUCUCCUGUUUAGUGUUUCUGUUACUUGUCUGCAUUCUAAUUGUGCUCAUUUUAAGACAUAAACAAAAAGACACCACAAGCAAUUAUGAGGAGAAGGAAACCUCAUCGUCUUUAGAUAUCAACUUGAGAGUGAGCAGGGAUGCCACUGUGCUCAAGGGCUUCCCGAAAACUAACGACUACAAUAAAGAAGCAGGACUUGUGGACCUCACGCCUGAAUGGCUGAGUUUAAUAAGUAUCGUGGAGAAGGACUUUGUCAAUCUACACAGGCACUCGAACUCCAGUGGCCACUGUUCUGUAGAUGGAGAAACUGUGGAAGAUAAGGAAAUUCGGAGGAUAAAUGAGCAUCCUUACAGAAAGGACUCAGACUCACCUCUGAGUGACCGGGACUCCAGGGUUCCAGAUUCGGGAAUCCCCAGGGACUCAGACCAGCUUUCCUGCCUGUCUGGGGAAACUGAUGUGAUGGUCACUGCCGAAACAGCAGAAGCCAACCGAGCAUUUGAGGAAGGAGAGCGAGAGGAAGGCUGCAGCACCACCUAUGUUCAGAAAAGAGAGACCAGAGAGGGCAUCCUGGCUGAGGUCAGAAAAGAGUCUGUCUUUCCUUCAGGUGAUCAGGAAACAAGAUGUGUGCCUUUUGCAACUCAGAUAACCUCUGAUCAGGCUGGAAGAGGCAGCUAUCACUGGGAUUAUCUCCUCAGCUGGGAACCCAGAUUCCAACCUCUGGCCUCAGUCUUUAAUGAUAUUGCAAAACUAAAGGAUGAACAUUUACACACGCCUGGCAUUCCAAAGGAGAAGAAAUCUUUUGUUUUUCCACCCCCUUUGAUAACAGCAGUAGCUCAGCCUGGAAUUAAAGCAGUUCCCCCGAGAAUGCCAGCCGUAUCUCCAGGGCAGGUCCUUCAAAAGCACCCACGCUCCCCCAUCCCCUACCAUCUGGGCUCUCCACCCAAAGCUAUGACUCCCAGUUUUUCUCCAUCUCUUUCCCUAUUGACCAUGCGAACUCCUGCUGUGUCUCCACUAGUGUCAGGUGGAGAAUUAGUAGGAAUACACCUAAGCGGUACAUGCUAUGAACUUAAAGCAGAAGACGAAGCUCAGAUAUGAAAACCACCAGGACACCAAGCACUGCUCACCAUCGGUUGUGAGUAACUGAACAAAACAUUUCCAGGCACGUUCCUCGAGAUUGGGUUCAUUCUCAUCUAAAAGCCUGACUUGGUCAAGGUUUUUAAAACCUGCCCCUUAAUGUUUCUAAAAUUUCUUCCAGCCUUAAUGAGAAUUAGUUCCUCUUUUAACCCUAAUGUGCUGCUCUCAGGACUCACACGUGUAUAUGUCAAGCAGUGCGUAUUCUGUUAUACCUGUUUUCUGUAAUGAUUAGAUUUCCAAAGGACCCAAUGAACUUAGCUGACUUGCUGCAAAGUUCAUAUGGAAACAAAAGUCUAGUGUGCACCUUGGUCACAUUGCUGCUGAUUACACUGCCGUAUUUGAAACAAAUUACUAAAAGCUAAAUAGGGAAUGAAUUUAGGGCAGAAAGUAACAGGGGACAUCUGGAGGGAUGAACUUCAGUUUUAAAAUGAAGUCACAGUCUGUGGAUCUAACACAGAGAUUCACUUCUCCGUUUCCCCACAUGCCACUUGUUGAAUUUAGCCGUAAUUUGAAUUUCAGUGUCUUUUGAAGAUAUAAUGAGAGAUUAUAAAUGAAAUUUUUCAUAGCUCUGUAUCAAUAGGAAAAAGCAAACUAGAUAAUUAUUCCUGAUUAAGUGAACCAGAAAUGCAUGUUCUUGACAGAGGGCCAGGAUUGAUGGUCACAAUACUUACGUAGUUGGCUGCCACCUGAGAUGCAUUAUUUGGGCCUUCUUUACAAAUGGAUUGAUGACUUUUUUUCAAUUCUCUGCCUUGUAAAUUCAUACUUCAAAGAUUUGAAGAUUAAUUUAUAAAAAUUAUUUUAUUUUCUUCUAGAUAUAGUAACCUUUGGUAUAAAACAAUAUAUCCACACAGUGUCAGUUUUUUAGUUUGCGUAGAUAAAAUUUUGUUAUUAGCUAAUUAUCAAUUUCAUAGAGUAAUUUAGCAAUAUAUUUUUAAAUGGGAUUUUUUUUAAUGUAAAUGUUUCUACUAUAAAGAAUGAAUUUCAGAAGUCUUUCUUCCAUUUGCUUAUGCUCAUGUUUAGCUUUAACAGUCAUUAGAUGGAGGGGCAACCUGGUUGAAACGAUUCUGUUCUGUAUAGUUACUGUCAGAAAUACAGUGGUGUUGUAUGGUGCUCAUCUAUUAUGUAACGCUACAGCUUCCUCUCUGGUGAGCCUGAGAACCCAUCACAGAUUCUUAUUCCUUUCAGGAAGGCAGAGUGCAUCCUGAUGACGAUGGUCCAGAAGUCGUCUUCCCAUAGUAGGCACCAUGGCCAACUCUUAGGGUAACAGUUUAGGAAUGCUAAUAUGAAAUACAAAGGGCGUCUGAUAGGGUUUUCUUGCUACUUAUAGUGGACUUAUUUCUGCUUUGGAAGUAUGUUCCCCCCUCCAUAGGUCUCAUCUGUGAAAUUAUGUGGACAAUUUCUCUUUACUGAAAAAUAUUGCACAGCUUAGUGUUUGAUAUCUAAUACCAUUUUGUAGCUAAAUAAUUCUGUAGCUUCCUAUGUUAAUGUUAUGCAUAAUAUUUCCUUUCUGACUCAGAUUGAGAACAAGUGCAUAAAAUCACUUUACAAAUUGUAUGAAACAUUUCAGGCUUCUGGAUAAGCCUGAAAUCCUAGGAAAGGUUGUUUAAGUUGGUACACCUUAAAAUAGGACUGAUACAUGUUCCCCCCUUUCUUCACAGUGUCUGGGGAAGAUUUCAUGAAAACGUAUUUAAUCAUAUAAGUGUUCUAAUAUUUAUUAUCUCUUUGACUGUUUUCUAAAGAGUGUGUUAAGCAUAGGAAGAACUUCUAAUACUAUUUUUUUGUAAUUAUACAUAUAUGGACAUUUUAUGUUACAACAGAAUUAUUUCUGGAAACUAAGAACAUUUUGUUGUUUUUAUUUAAACAAUGUCUUCAUUUACUGAUGCUUUAACAAAGUUAUCCAUCUAACUGAUCCCUAAGUUAUUUGCCUGUGACUAAUUACUCAUUCUGGACAUGAUUGUGCAUAUUUUCUAACCACUUGAAAAACAGAAGACAUGAACUAUUUAAAGUUACUUACCAAUAUUUAGGGGAUUUUUAAUUGAUGACUUCAUUAAUAUUGUAGCCAGUGCCACAAUACCACCAGACAACUGCUACAAGUGGAAUCGAGGGUAAAAAGGGGAACUUCCUGGUUAAGGGGUCGUAAUAAAUCAUAUGUCAGCCCUUUCAACUAGAGUGCUUUUUUCCUAAGUAAACAAUAUAAUUUGUACAGUUUUCCUUCAAGUUUAAUAUUAACUUGUCUCAUAUGUUCUGUGUUACUUUGCUGAUCUACGCACCAGCUUUCGCACUCUGGAGGGGGUACAGAACUUGUUAGUGGAAAAUCAUAUUAAGCCCCAAAUUCAUAAGCUAUAAAAUAAAAGACAGUUGUCUCUUGUGGAAUUUUGGCUGCCUGAAAUUCUGGACUUUCUUGUUGGCAGCCUUAAAAAUACUGGUGUAAAUCAGUACCAAAUGGAUAUCAAAAUUCCAUGUCCUAGUAGUAAUCGUUGAAUUGGCUUCCAAAACAGAUUCCUGGGCAAAGAAAAAGAAAACGCUGUAUCUUUAGGGAUUCAAUCAUUUAACUGUUUUUUAAAAAUAUUAAAAUGCACUAUGUACUACUGGCUGCCUACAUGUAUACACAUUUAGUCUAUAAUAAAUGUUCAGUUAA